AUGAAGGUGAAAAAGCUCGAUUCCAUUCGAUUCCAGGCCGAGAUCAAGACGCCAAAGUUUCCAAACAAGAACAAUAAAGAAACACUCAACGCCGGCUAUCGCAAUCACAAGGCAAGUCCCCAUCUCGGACACCAUGCUGUACCCUAUAGCGAUGGAAGGAUAUAUGCUAAUACAAAACGAACGGCAGCAUACAACGAACGCGGACGUAAUUCUAAGAAUAUUGGUAUCAUGUACGGUACGACAAACAGGAACACGGGAAGGGAAUUCGUCAAUGCAUAUGCAGGUUACACGAAUGGGCGGUCGAUCCUGGGUGGUGAUGCCGACGAGAGAAAUGUUUCGACUGUCGGCAUACUGAAGGCGAGUGACUAUGAAGGGUAA